UGCCCGCCUCCCCCAGGCAGCCGCCGCCAUUUCGGCACCGUUCCCCCCGCUGUCGCUCCCCGAGCCCCGCCGCCGCCAUGAGCCGCCUCAGCGGCGGCUGGGACGGUGCCGGCGGGGACGUCCAGCUCCUCCUGGACCUGUUAAUGCUUCAGCCCUGUGUGUCUUUGAGAUUAGUUUGCAAUGUCUGAUGGAGCAGUAUCUCAUGGUGGAAACUUUGUAUGCAUUCAGUGUUUGACAAAGAACGUUUCCAGAUACAUUGCAGAUAUCAAGCCGUUGCCACCCAACAUAAAAGAUAAACUAAUUAAAUUAAUGAGCAUGCAAGGGCAAAUAACGGAUUCAAAUAUCAGCGAGGUACUGCAUCCUGCUGUGGAGUCCCUAGACCUCCGAGACUGUGAUAUUUCAGAUAAUGCAUUGUUGCAGCUUUAUAACUGCAAGCAAUUGAAAAAAAUCAACUUAAAUUCUUGCAAAGAAAACAGAUUGGGAAUCACUUCAGAAGGUAUCAUAGCCCUGGCCUUAUCCUGUCCCUAUUUGCGUGAAGCGUCUUUCAAAAGGUGCUGCGACAUAACUGACAGUGGAGUUCUCGCUCUUGCACUCAACUGCCAGUUCUUACAAAUAGUGAAUUUGGGCAGCUGCUCAGGCAUCAUGGAUGCUUCUCUGCAGGCACUAGGAGAAAACUGCAAGUUUCUUCACAGUGUGGACUUCUCAUCUACUCAGGUAACAGAUGAUGGUGUUAUAGCACUAGUGAGUGGAGUGUGUUCAAAGAAUUUAAAGGAGAUCCACAUGGAGCGCUGUGUAAAUCUGACUGAUGUUGCUGUGGAAGCAGUCCUGACUUGUUGUCCAAAGAUACACAUUUUUCUCUUCCAUGGAUGUCCACUAAUAACAGAUCGCUCCCGAGAUGUUUUAGAGCAGCUAGUCAUAUCAAACAAAAUCAAGCAAGUGACAUGGACCAUUUACUGAUUAUUUUUUGUCUGUGUAUGUAUGAGUGUAAAGUUUACAGAUGGAAGAGCUGCUUCAGAAAACAAGCACCUCCAGAGAAAUAGCUGGUGACUUUUGUACUUCCAGAUUGCUUCUCUCCUUCUUCCCACCAGAGGUCUCCGUCGCCAUUCCUGUCCUUGCAUGUGAGCCUGGACUCUGCUGAGUCCUGCCUUUGCAUCACUGGUCAUACACCAUUAAGAGGAAAGAUAAAAUGAUAAUCAGUAUUACACUGUCAUUUUUCAACCUCUUUGAAUGAUCAGAUUUGGCCACUGUUUAGCAUCUUUCAGCAUCUUAGCUACCUACAUGAAUCCAGUAUUAAUAAGUAUCUGUUCCGAGUUUGUAAUCUGAGAGGGUAGUUGCAAUUAAAAAAUACCAAGCCCACACAUAAUACUAAUACUUACACAGAAGUGUCUGCAGAGUUGGGACUUCCCUUUUGACAAAAGUCAGCAGAGAGAACUGGUAAAUGGAAGUGUCAUUAAUAGCAGUGCAAAUAUAUGUUAUGUAAUAACAAUCUCCUUUUACUGUGUAGUACUUUUUCUCAGCCUGGAGGGAAAAGUGUAGGUGCUUUUCUUUUGAUGUUACUCAUGCUAGAGCUUUCUGUCUUUGUUUACUAUCAAAUGUUUACAGAAGUUUUAUAUAUCCAAAAAUACCGUCUGUGAACAUGUAAACAUAAAGUAGCUUUGAAAUUAUUGUGGUGAUUUAACACAUUUCAGAACAGUGCUUAUGACCAAUAAAAUAAUCUUGUACAUGGGCAAAUAUUUGCUCUAGCUCUAUGUGAAAAUCACUAGAAGGAACAAAAUGGUGGUCCUCAUAAGCCUAUCUGUGACUGAAGUGGGAUCAGACAGUGUCUGAGUACAUGAAUCUCAGGAUGGCAGAGUUCAACGAAGUUUAUGUUCUGGUGUAUGCAGUUCAUUAUACUUCCAGCAGCCUCCAGAAGAUGAAAAUAUAUUUAUUUAUGUGUUGUGCAAUUGUAGUCAUUUUUAGAAUUAAAUUUUAGAAAUGUAGAAUGAGUUUAUUAUUACAUGAGGGAGCAGUGUUCUUAUCGCAAUUGUAAGUUACGCUCACUGGCUUUGUUGAAGCAGUAGAAUUUGUAGUGAGACCUGUAUGAUUUCAACAUUAAACUUUCUAAACACUAGUAAUUCUAGCCAUGCAGAGAGCAGCCAGCAUGCUGUGUUGCUAUUCUGUAUUUGGACAUAGCAGGGUUUAGCUAGGGAUCUGAUGACGCUGUCAAACCCAUGAGUUUAGGCAAGCAGAAGGACUAUGUUUAUAACUUAACACUUGUCAUAGCCAACACUUAUUUAAAAUGUUAUAGAAAUAAAACAGUCUUCUAGUCUAUUUCAAGUUCUGGUCAAAUUGCAUGAAAGAUAAUAUAUGUUGCAUCCAGUAAUGUUAAAGGAUAUUAUGAUAUCUGACAAUGAUCUCUGUUCUUCUCUCAUUAUAUGGCUUGUGGAAGAGCAGAUGCAUUUAGAAAUCUUGUUCAUGUGUAGCUGAAAGAGCAAUUCUCAAACUCAGGUGCCUAAAUCCCUAAUGCUUGUAUGCAGUAAUUUAUCUGCCACAAAAAGAUGAAGUAGAAUCAUAAGCUAGCUCAAGUGGGAAGGGACCCCAGGAACUUUCUAGCCUAGCCUCCUGCCCAAAGCAGGGUUGGUUCAGACCAGCUUAAUCAGGGCUUUACCUGGCCAAGACUUGAAAAGCUGAAGCGGAGAAAGCCUUCACAAGCUCAGAUAACUUGUUCCACUGUUUAACUGCUCUUGUGAUGGGGAAAAAAAAUAAUCCUUCUAUCCUGUUUGGCCCUAUUCUGUUUCAUCCUGUGCCCUUUCUCUCUUGGCUGUGUUCCUGGUAGCCCCCUAAUAGGUAUGGGCAGGCUGCUGCUAGAUCCCCUGAAGCCUUCACUUCCCCAAGCUGAACAAGCCUGUUCCCCCUGUCUCUUACUGCGGGACAUGUAACAGUGUGCAGAGAUGGUUGCCAGACUCAUUUCAAGUGCUGCAUCAAAAAGAAAAUUGUACAUGGGGACAUGUAAAGCAGCUAAAUGGGGAAGACCACUGAAGCCUGUAACAGUCAACGGUACUUAAACAGUGCUAACCCCACUGGCAAAGCUGUUGCCUUGUUAAUGUAACCCUGAAUUUGUCAUGUCAGUGGCAAAUGCAGCUUAUAUUGUCCCCAAACAUGCGUGCAGAUUUACUGUCUUCUCCUGUUAAUCUCUUCUAGAUGUGUAACUUAGUGCUGUAUCCUUAGCUUGUGCUUUAAAAAAAAACGAACUUUCAACACUGCAAUAUGUAACACUACAUUCUUAGAUUUGAAAGUUUAAUGUGUAAGUCUUGCUAAAUCUUUCACUUCCAGAGCUUAAGACUACUGUCUUACUGGUUUGUUACUAGCAUAAUUCUACUGGAAUUGGUUUCGAUUCAGAUUAAGUCAGUCGUUUUUAAUAAAUGUUUAAGAGUGCUGGGGUGAAGUGGGAGACGAACGUCACGUAUGCACUUACCACUUCAUAUUCUAUAUUGUACUCGGGUGUUGUAAAUUCUUGGGUGAACAUGCAGAAUAUUUAUGUAUUGUUUUGAAUAUUAACGUUUGUAAGUCUUCUGUUUGGAUAUUUCUGAAAACUUGUUAAAUUAUAUUUUAUAACAGCUGAAUGUUAUGCACAGAUAAUUGUUCAUUAACUUCCUAUUUUAUAAACAUUGGUUUUAUGAGUGA